AUUACCAGCGCAGUACAAUAUCGAAUACGUUUAGCCCUCACUACAGCUAUUGCAAAUAUUUUUAUAGUUUUUAAAAGUAAAUCUGAAAUAAACAUAAUUCAAUAUGCUCGACGGAUGGUACUGCCGGUCUUUGGCAAAUCAAAAAACCACAUCUAAUAAAGCAGAGCAAGAACAUCUUGAAAGUGAUGAAGAAACACAUACGAAACAAUCAACAGCGAUGGCUGGGGCAGCUGCAGCAGCAGCAGCAACUGGAGCAUCCAGUUCAACAUCAACUGGCACAGCAAAUGAAAAUAUAGAUUAUAAAGAGCGCUACAGAAAUUUAAAGCGGAAACUGAAAUUUCUCAUCUAUGAAAACGAAUAUUUUCAAGAUUUGUUACAUACAAAUCAAAGACGUUUAUUGAAAGUAUCGCGUGACCGAUCGUUUUUGAUUGAUCGCUUGUUAAUAUAUGAGAAGCCUGCCAAAGAUUCCAGUGACAGUGAUGUCACUGAUAGCUCCAAUUCUGAUGCGGAACCAAUGGUUUCAACGUUAGCUCAAUCGCAAGCGAAUUUAGAUUCUUCGAAGGAGACCGUGGCUAUGCGGCGAAAGCAUAAGGAAAAACCAGCUAUAAAUAUGCUUGUUCCCACAGCUCAGCCAACAGUCGUUGGAGGGGCAACUCGAGGACGCAGACGCAAAAUUCUCACCAGUGGCCACGUUCAACAGCAGCCAGCCAAAAAACUACUUACGGCCACAGCAACUGUGUCACCGUCAGUGCAACAACAUCAGCAGAUGGCUACAAAGGAUGGCUCUGGCAAUCUGAGCACAGCCGAAAUAACGCGGCAGUUGCAAGAACGUAGGCCAACUCCCAUUGAAUUUAUGAGUCCGGAGUGUGCCUCAGCCACUGUGCCGGUUACAAUGCUAAGCGACGAAAGUCCCUCAAAAAUCUAUCCCAACGAAAGCUUACAACAUCUCAUGGAGGACGACUCGCCGUCUCACGUAGCUGCCGAGGAAUGUGUGCCCAUGGUUUACACGAAUUGAUGUACUAUAGAAACAAAAAAAGACAAUUUGCAUAUGGAAGAAU